GGUCGGUUUGUGUCAAUGUCAAAAAGUUACACAAGCGACCGAUGAGGUUGUACAACUGGACGGUUUCACAACGACACGCGCAGCCGCACCUCACACCUGUAACCACACAGACACACACAUAUAUAUAUAUAAUGAUAUAGAUUCAGCUGGAACAUCACAGAGAGACGAAACAAGAGAAACCCAUCAGGUCGAGUCAGCGGGAAAACCAUCUGACACACAACCGAGCUCGACUCCUCUGUUCGGACACCACGUUGUGAUUUCCAUCGGUAACCAGUCGUCUCCCGUGCGGGGGCCACGCUCUUCGCUGUCCGCUGCGCUCACAGACACAAGUGUGGCCGGUUGCCUCUGCACAUCACUCACAGGUCAGUCAUGGAUCUGAGCUCAGUGAUUGUCACCACCGGCGGCUCCGCGGUCUUCUUCAGACUUGUCAAUGCCGGGGUCAGUAAGCUGCCCAUGCCCGAGUCCGCCGUCAGGAACGCGUGGAAAUGGAGAAAUAUCUCCACAUCGGUCGUGCACAGUUUCAUCACCGCGAUAUGGGCCGUGCUCUGCUUUUUCCGUCACCCGGAGAUGGCCGAGGAUCUGAUAGAAACCUACUCGGUGUUUUCUCAUGCUUUGGUGUCGUUUUCGAUCGGUUACUUCGUCUACGACUUCUUUGACAUGGUGCUCAACCAGAAGCUGAAUCAGUCCUGGGAGCUUCUCUUCCAUCACAUUGUGGUGAUCUCCUGUUUUGGCCUCUCUGUGGUCACAGGACGCUACGUGGGCUUUGCUGUGGUCGCCCUGUUGGUGGAGAUAAACUCCAUCUUCCUCCACCUCAGGCAGCUGCUGCGUAUGGCCAAUAUCGCCGCGGGAACGCUGUACCGGGUCAACAGCAUAAUCAACCUGGGCACGUACGUGGUGUUCCGCAUCAACACGCUGGCCUGGAUGACCCGCUGGCUGGUGCUCAACCGGGACAAGGUGCCCCUCCUGGCCUACACGCUGGGCAGCGUGGGCAUGGCCAUCAUGACGGUGAUGAAUAUUGUCCUCUUUUAUCGGCUGCUCCGGAGUGACUUUUUGAAGAAUAGCACCCGGGAAACGAAGAAGGAGAAGGAGAUUUAGAGACAAAGAGGAGGAAGAGACACAAGAAGGAUUAGAUUUCACACACUCAUUGCUGUACGUUUACAACCUGUGGCUCAGAUUUGGUAUCACUUUGCCUUUGUGUUUAGUACAGUAAACUCAUAGCUGGGAAAUGAGCGAUCUUUCUCAUAUUGUACAGAUUGUAACCGGUGUGCCUCAUUCCAAACACAGAUCACACUCAGCCCUUAUCUUUAGCUUUGGCUUCUGUCCUCUUUAAGUGUCAUUAGUGGCUCACUGAUGGUGAACAAAGGAUUAUUCAUAUGAACUUGUAAAACAACACAAAACACCUUCAUCGUCCUGCAGGGUGAUUCAUCUAAAUCUAAAAUGUAGCUUAUGGUAAGUGAAUAUGCACUGUUUGUAAAACCAACCCUCCAGCACCCAUGUAUGAAUUAGUGGAAUACAAAUCCUCUGGGUGUGUAACACUAAAAGCUACAGAGGUGAUUAUUCCUUUUUUCUUUUUUCCACCAAAUAUCCUCAACCAAAAACCACCUGCUACCUCGCAAGGCUUCUAACAGUCGUUUACUUCUUUCUAGAACGAUCUUCGCUGUCAGUGUUUGGCUGGUAGUUUGUUGUUAGAGAAGAGAAAACAGUAGGAAAAACUUUUGUCGAUAGAAUCAGGAAAUCCAGCAAACACCAGUCCUCACGCGAGGAGAGAAGAGGGUACUCGGAUGGUGAGAAAAUACCAAAUACGCCAAUAAGUGGCAUUUCUAUUAAAGCAAAAUAGAUUUAAACAAUAAUAGCCUUUUUAAAAGAUUACGUAAAAAACUGUUGAAGCUUAAACAAAUCAGUGAUAAGUCAGAAAAACUAAAAAAGAGUCAGCGUCCAUCAGUCAAUAAUUUUUUUAUAGAGUCUCAUGAUGGCGGACAGUCUGCAGUAGGAGCUUUCAGACUACCUCUUAUUCUUCAUCUGGCCUGUGGGUGGCAGCAAACUCCUUAAUAUCACCUCAGUGGCCUGAAGACCACCAGAGGUGUCUUUUAUUUUGUAAUAUCCUCAGAAAUCCGUGCCAUUUAAUUUUAAGUUGGCACAGGAAGAUGUGGAGAAAUCCUCUAGGUCAGUGUUUGAUCAAGCAGGUGUGAGAGCUGUGAGUACAGCAAACUGUUCAGCACGCUGCUACCUACUCCUCCCACUCACACUAUGACAUCAUGAUGAUGCCAUUUGUGUUUUUUGCGUUUUUGCUUAUUUUUUUGUAUAUUAAUUGUCUGAAGGGGUUAAAUUGUGUAUAUGUAUAAUUUAUUUGUACUUAAAAUAGUAGUUGGGGAUUAAGGAAGGAAUGAACACAGUGUUCAGUGAAUUUCCCAGUUGUGAAAAACAAGUCGAUUAUGGUGAAGCUGAUUUUGUGAGUCAUGUUGCUGUGGGACGUUUUGCCACUUUGGUUAAACAUUGUGAUUUGUUUUGUUUCUGCUGCUGUCGAAGCCCCAAAACUAACUAUUUCACAAACGCAGCAGCAGUAAGUUCAGUGCAAAGGAAAAAAUUACACAAAUUGUAAAAGAAGUCAGUUUAUUAGGAACACCAAGCUAAACGAACACAGUCUAACACAGAGCAGUCCUGUGAUCGAUCUCACCAUCAUCAGUGAUCAUGUUGAAUUUUUAUAAUACCGCCAAUGUUUUUGGGUUGUCCGCUUGGCCGUCCCAUUCUUGUGAACACGAUAUUUCAAGAACACCUUGAGGGAAUUUCUUCGAAUUUGGUCAAAAUCUUCGGUUGGACUCAAAGAUGAACUGAUGAGAUUUUGGUCAAAGGUCACUGUGACCUUACAUAACAAAAUAAAAUUUAACUAGUGAUUAGAUUUUGGUGGUUGAAGGCCUCAAAAAAAGGUUUUUGGUUUCUUGAAUAUAUGUCUGCCUGAAGGUCAUUUUUUCAAACUUUGAUCACUUGGACUCAAAGAUGAACUGAUUAGAUUUCAGGUACAUUACCAUACAUGAAAUGUAUGUAUAAAUGUAUAAAAUACACUGAACAUUAUAACCUCCAUGAAGGGAGGAUUUGUUGCUGAACUGAACUGUGUUGGACUCAAUUUGUUUUGGCUGAAUGUAUUUUGCAGAUAAAUAAUUGACACAAACAAAGUCCAUAAAUUUAAAUCUUGGUCCGUAUUAACACCAAGACAUGGCUGCAAUAAACAGACUGCACUGUUUUGGGAGGAAGGCAGUAGAGGUGGAAUUAUUAUUAUUCUUGUGACUUAACUCCCUGUUGCCUUUUUUAUAAAGAUGAAGUGUAUCUCUCUUUUUGAUUUUAUUUUAAAUUGUGAAUCUAGAUUAGCUUUUCUUCAAAUGUUUCGGGCAGCUUUGUGGUUGUAGUAAGGAAAACUGGUGAUGAUUGAAAGUCUUUCUAACAAACAAGCUUAUGUUUGUGAAUGUUUUGUGCAAAGCUGUAAUGUUAUUGGAAUUACACGUUUGAUAGCAGAUUUGUUCAUGAUGUUGCCGGGUGCUCUUAUAUUAUAGGACAGCAGCCAAGUCAAGAUUCUUCCUAGAUAAAAGAUACAGCUGUCUUCACUCCUAUUCCGGGUCUUCUUGUUUCUUAUGUCUUUGUUUCCUAAUCAUGAUUGCCUGAGGCCACUGGAUGGUGCUGUGGUCUUGUAUUUCCAUGGGUAUAGUGGUGAUUUUCUGGUGAUUGGUGAAAUAUUGAUAUUUAUUGAGGAUUUUACGGUUAAAAUAAUUAAAUUUAUUGAAGACUAUUGACACUGUGCAGCUCAUCAAGGACUGAUCCAACCGUUGAGGGGAAAAACCUUAAAUACUGAAGCAUCAGAGACUGGCUGAUGUUUUUAAAGUAAAGUAAAAUCAUCUGUUGUCUCUGAGCAUCAAACUAUCACAAGAUUUUCUCUCUGAUGAAUAUUAGUAAAUGUUUUUGUCAGCGUGUGUCAUUUGUACAGAUGGGUUUUCUUUACUAACUCACAAAGCAACAUUCACAGUGACAUCAUGGCGACGGCGGUUUCAAAUAAAGGCUGGGUUAAUGGGGUCAGCCCUGCUCUUCCUGGGGUCCGCAGCAAACAAACCUACCUUAUUAGUUUGAUAACAGUUUUAUUUUUAAUGUUUUGUAAAUGAAAAUCCAAUUUAUGUUUUAUACAAUAACUGUUUAACGGUAAAAAUAAAGAUCAUUGAAAUGAAAUGUUGUGUUUUGC